AUGCUAUGUAUAGGCAGUGACCCUAAUACUUGCGGUCCUAUUGCACUGGCUGAAGUAUACCUGCAUCUCAAAGGUGAGGGAAGGAUUUGGGAUUUCAGAGACUUGCUGAAAAGUCUCCUAUAUGUUCACCGCACUUGCGUUUGCCAGACCCUUGGAAGUCUACUCGCAGACAGUUGUGAUGGAACCGAUGAGCGUCUGGCUAGAAUGAUCGAAAGAAUCGAAGACGACUGGGGGACAGCCACUCCAGACGAACAAUCGUCUUUUGCUUUACUGGAUAUCUUCACGACAUUAACCCUAGCAUCUAUGAGUACGCAUACGAGUACUGAUAUGGUCAAAUCAAUCUUUGAGGUUUCCCAGAGUCAUGCCCUAGAGGUUGCUGGGAUGCAAUCAACAAACACGAAAUCUCGACCUUAUCUUUGUUGGAUCAUAGCGAAAGUCUUGCUAGAGCAAUACGUCGAUCCAAACAUCACCGGAUAUUUCGCCCUUGCGUCUCAUCUAGACAAACUACCGGGGGGUCAUUAUGACCCUGAGAUCACGCUACCCACGAGUUACAUGAUUGUAUACGCACCGGUUGAUGAAGAAGCACCCAAGUGGCAACCGGAUCCAACUACUACGCUGGGGCACGACGGAGCUCUUCGAACUGUCCUUGGGGUUGCGGAAGAGCUGGGAGAUGCUCCGCUGCAAGUGAUUUGCCUUGAACUACUCAUUUAUCAAUCUCCUCAGCCAAAGCACCUGCUAGAUAAGCUAGGUGACUUAUGGCACUCACUGGGAUCGCCAGGGGGCUUCCUCGAAACACGCAUAUAUAGUUACAUACCAGCCUCCCUCACGACACCCACAUUCCGCGAAACCAUCCGGAGGGAAAUUCUCCUCGCUGGCGAAAUUUUCACUGAAGGGCCAGUGUCACAUGCGCGAGCCAUGGUGUUGAGAGCCCUUUCUAGGAAUCAACGAGAAAAGGACUACUAUGAAAGCAAAGCAGCAACAACCCUCUACCGCUUCGACCAACUGAGGUUCGCACCCCCAGCACCAGGCACUGAAAGACCGGGAAUGUCGCAAGUUCAACCAAACUUUGUCGCAGCACCUCGAUAUGCCGAUCAGAAUCCCUUUGAUCCGCUGCAUCGAACGAGAUAUUAUACGGAGGCUGAGCCAUUCGAAGGAGCACCAUACAGCUUGUCGGCAGCAGAAUAUAUGAUGUCUAGACGAAAUCCAAGUUACGAAACAAGACAGACGAUGCGGCCUCAAGAAGGCACCGUGAAAAGCAACAAGCUGUCCCAAGAGACCUCAUAUUUGCCAUCAUCCAUCGCGUCAUUAUCAGGAAAGGAACCGAGUCCUGGUAGUCAACCUAGCAAACAGCCGCAACCUGUCCCUGACCCUCUGCCUUCUAUAUUUAAUAGAUCCAUCGAGGAAAGAGAAAAGCUGGUUGCUGAGCUAAUGGAAAACAUAUCGAGUUUGAUGUCUGAAGAUGCCGGUAAGAAAGCAGGAAGCGGUGGCGAUAAGCAAUCAAAUGUUUCGGAAACGAAGACAACAAGUUUUAAGCCUGAGAAUGAGCUAUCCAGGGAGCAGAGACAGAGAUUGAGUGAGCGUUUUAGCUCGUUGAGAAUCGGAGACGGAGGCAAAGAGGGGAAAAGGAAGCAAGUGGAAACGAGGCCCAAGACUCAACCUGAUGGUUCAGCUUCAGCAGCAACACGAGAAUGA